AUGGGGCCACCCGUUCAUGGGCACAUCGUGCGAGCGCUGAUGUUCAGCUGGGCCGUGGUGUGCUUGGGUGAGGACUCACAGGAGCUUCGCGACAGCCAUUUAGAGUUCGACUGCAAGUGCUGGGCAGCUCAGGGACAGUGUGACUCCAAUCCGGCCUUCAUGCUGGCCAGCUGCGCGGCAUCCUGCAAGCAGCACAGCGCCUCCCAGGAGCUUUGGGAGAAGGUUCGGAUGCUAGAAGCGGAAAAGACGGGAGACAGCAGUAAAGAGGUGGCUAAGCUUGAAGAAGAGCUGGCCAAGAAACACAAGGAGCUUGAAGAACUGCAGAGCAAAGUGCAGGGCGAGGCGGUGGCCAAUGCAGCCAGCGCAGUGCCAGAGAAGGAGGAGAAGGCCACCGUUGAUGUUAACAUCGCAAAACUUGCUGAGCUUGAGGCAGAGCUGGCAAAGAAAGUCAAAGAAGUUGAAGAUUCACAGAGCAAAGCGCGGGAUGAAGCGGAGGCCAAUACAGCUCGGGUGACUGAGCUUGAAGCAGAGCUGGUGAAGAAGGUCGGGGAAGUUGAAGAGGCGCAAAGCAAAGCACGGGGUGAAGCGGAGGCCAAUGCAGCCAACGCUGCCCGGGUACAAGAACUGGAGGAGAAGCUAAAGGCCACCGAAGGUGCCAGCAGCAACGCCAAGGUGGCUGAGCUUGAAGCAGAGCUGGCCAAGAAGACAAAGGAAGUGGAAGAAGCAUUGAGCAAGGCACAGGGUCAAGCAGAGGCCAAUGCAGCUGAUGCGGCCCGAGUGCAAGCGCUGGAGGAGAAGCUGAAGGCUGCAGCAGGUGACGGUAGUGCAGAUAAGGUGGCUCAGCUUGAAGCAGAGCUGGCCAAGAAGGUCAGGGAAGUUGAAGAGGCGCAAAGCAAAGCACGGGGUGAAGCGGAGGCCAAUGCAGCCAACGCUGCCCGGGUACAAGUACUGGAGGAGAAGCUAAAGUCAACGGAAGGUGGCAGCAGCACCGCCAAAGUGGCUGAGCUUGAAGCAGAGCUGGCCAAGAAGACAAAGGAAGUGGAAGAAGCAUUGAGCAAGGCACAGGGUCAAGCAGAGGCCAAUGCAGCUGAUGCGGCCCGAGUGCAAGCGCUGGAGGAGAAGCUGAAGGCUGCAGCAGGUGACGGUAGUGCAGAUAAGGUGGCUCAGCUUGAAGCAGAGCUGGCCAAGAAGGUCAGGGAAGUUGAAGAGGCGCAAAGCAAAGCACGGGGUGAAGCGGAGGCCAAUGCAGCCAACGCUGCCCGGGUACAAGUACUGGAGGAGAAGCUAAAGUCAACGGAAGGUGUCGGCAGCACCGCCAAAGUGGCUGAGCUUGAAGCAGAGCUGGCCAAGAAGACAAAGGAAGUGGAAGAAGCAUUGAGCAAGGCACAGGGUCAAGCAGAGGCCAAUGCAGCUGAUGCGGCCCGAGUGCAAGCGCUGGAGGAGAAGCUGAAGGCUGCAGCAGAUGGCAACAAUGCAGCCAGGGUCGCUCAGCUUGAAGCAGAGCUGGCCAAGAAAGCCGAAGAUGUGCAACAUGCGCAAGGCAAUGAUCAGCAAUCGAAUCUGCAAGAGAUAGCUCUGCGGCUCUACAGCGUCGCGUCAGACUUGGCAGCACUAGUGCGGCAACGGUGGAGCUGGGUCACGGUGCAAGUGCGUGAGUAUUCGAGGGUUGCCAAAAAGGCAGCAACUGAGAAUGUUUCAUCUGUUGCCGCCCCCUACCUGCAAGCCGCUGCUUUGUCAACUUUCGGAGCCGCUUAUCCAGGCUCAUUGGCAGUCGCCUCUGGCAUCCUUCUGUUCAUGGCUCUUGUUGCCAUAAAGAUCCUCCGAUGUCUUCUAUGGCUUCUCUCACAAUGCAAGAGCUUUGCAAGAAGACCCAAGCAGGCCUCUCAUGCCUCUCCGCCCCUGGCAUUCGCGCAAGGCGUGCCCGCGCCGACUCUUCCAAAAAUGCCAAAGGACACCGACAGCAUUCCAUCAAUGUAUGGCUUGUACCCACCAAAGGAAACCAAGAGGGAGGUGAAGGACGACAAAUUCCAAGGCAAGUCAGAGGCGGAGUCUGAAUCUCUAGCUCGUAUCGAAGGGCGCCUGGAUCGACUGGAGCAAGUGUUGACAGCCAAGCUCGACCAUCUCUGUGCACGGCAAGGGGCAUCUACUUCAUCCCCUCGUCCCUCCGUGCCUGCAGUGCCUGCAGUGCCUGCAGUGCCUGCAGUGCCUGCGCCUGCAGUGCCUUCGCCAUGCCCAGCUGACCCCACAAUCCCGCCCAGCCGAGUUCCGGCGGCUGGUGGUGUUGCCAAGUCCCCAGCGCUCCAACCUCGUGCCCAGCAAACCCCCAGCCCGAAGCCUGGCCUGCAGGCACGGCCACCUGUCGCGGCCACAGCCUCGAACGCUGCGGCAGCUGCUCCAUGCCCCGCUCCCAAAGUUUCACCACCCACUGCAGCCACCCCACCCACUGCCGCGCCCACAGCACCCACCGUACCCACUGCACCCGCCGCACGCGUGUCACCCACCCCGCCGCCCACCCCACCACGAACAUCACCGACUACGCAGACAGCCUCGGCUCGCGUUUCGCCGCCAGCCGCGACCACACGGCCGGUAACCCCGCAGCCCCCAAAGGCUGCAAAUGCACCUCCCCCGACAAAGGCGGCAUUCAAAGCACAGGCAGUAGCAAGUGCAACAAGUGCUGCUGCCGGUCCAGGUCGCGAGGGCUCCCAGUGCGGUGACUCGGGCGGUGCCGUCCAGAGCAGCCCGGGUGGCCCUGGCCUGGGUGUGCGGGGUGCUCGCUCGUCCCCGUUUCCAGCCGAGGAUUUGGAGGGCGAAGUCUGA